GAUUGUUAAGUGUUCAGCAUGACUAUAAAACAGUGAGGUCAAAGGUCAGAAGUUCACAACAUUGGUGAUUAAUUGCAUCCAGCUAACACAGAUAUCAAGUGUGGGUUUUUCUGUGUGUAACUGUGUCUCCAUUUGUCUGAAUUAUUAAUGCCAUGUGUGUUGUUUUUGAUUUUCAAAUAGUGCGCUGCCCUCAUUACACUUGCUGCAUUUGUGUUCGUGCUGCUGCCUGUGAAUGUGGAUGUGACAGCAGCAUCAAUUUCACAAGUGGACGAGAGUGAGAUAACCAGUACAUGUGAAUCUGGUUGGAGCCAGUAAAGAGGCCAAAAGCACAAGAUGCCUCCUGCAUCCACACUGUUCAGCAGGGUGAGGAGUGUGCUUUUGUUUGUUGGUGUCACAUUUCGACUCCUCCCAGCUGCAGAUCCUAUAAAACACCGAUGGUCACAGCAGCUCAUUGGGGUUUGCCAACUUCCACCCGAGGGGACUUCACUGUCAGCCUGGGUAAGACCACCACCGGCGCGACCAGCCAAACCACCUCCAUCACCAGUGGUCUCAGCAAACCGCCCUAAGCAACAAACAUGGCUCCUUUUGAGAAAUCCAUGGAAAUGAUGCCUUUUAAGCAGAGAAAAUGCCUCGCAACAAGAAAAGAUGAAGUGUGCAGUAUUCGGUCUAAAUUUCCAAACAAGUUGCCUGUGAUUGUAGAACGUUACAUCCGUGAAAAAACUCUCCCACUUUUGGACAAGACAAAGUUUCUGGUUCCGUUUGAGCUCACGUUGGGUCAGUUCUUCUGUUUGCUCAGGAAUAAGAUUGAUCUGGACUCUACCCAGGCCUUGUUUCUCCUGGUGGCAGAGAAGAACAUGUCCUGCAUGUCCUCCAGCAUGGGGGAGGUUUACUCCCGCUACAGAGACGCCGACGGCUUCCUCUACAUCACCUACGCCUCACAAGAGAUGUUUGGGGCGCCUCAACCUGCAGCCACACCGCCCUGCUGAGAACCAACUGAACCCUGACCAAACACACUGAGACUGCACAAACUGGGACAAACUCAACCAAGUUGGGCUUGUUUUGUCCUGCUUUAGCCCAAACCUGCAUAUCGGCCUACCUCAUCUGAACUUUUAAACAGCAAAAUCUGUCUUUUUAUGAUGACGGUGCCGCUGUAGUCAGCCAGGGCUGGACUGGGGUGCAUCACGAGCAAAACACCCAAACAACUUAGCUAUAAAUGAAGCUGUGCACUCCAGAAAACUGAUGCAUUUCAGGCCUAGGCUAUAAUCAGUAUUUCCAAUUAUCAAAAAAGUAUUACAGAGUGAACUGUAAGUGCUGAAAGUUUCAUCUAUAGUUUUGUGAGGUCACAGUCUCAUAUGUCUCUGUAAGAGCAGAUUGUUUACAGGCUAAUUGACUUCUUUAAGGAAAGAAAAUGUAACAGUGUUCGGGUUCUCUCGCCUAAAAAUGCAAGACAGUUAUGAUGUUGAACUGUUUUCUCUCCUUACCACACUCAAGUAUCAUAUUUGCUCUUUAGUUACCCCGUGAAUUGUGAGCCAACAAACCAGUUUUAGCAGAACCGCAAUGCCAGUACAGUAUAAAAUCUGUCACCUCAACCUCUGCCUCCUUUCACACUGCAGAAACGAGGUCAACGUGUUCCCUGGUAAUCAGACUCUUUCAUAGCACUUAUUUCCUCUCCUGUCUUUGAUUGCCUCUUUGUCCCCCCCAUGUUCCCUCCAAAAUGUGAAAUAAUGCUCUGGAUUCAGUAUUACAGGGACUGUCGAUGCAGUCAGUGAAAACCUGGAUUUUAUGCUGCUCUGAUUGUUGUGUAUCAGUUCUUUGAAAAUAAAUUCCCAUCAUUUUAACUGA